GGCUCCCCAGCGCGAGCGAAGAAUCCCGGCGUCACCGCCCCUCGGUCAGCCCUGCUUCAACCUUCUCGUCGUCACUUGUCCUCACCCGCAGUGUCCCAGGCUCUGCCCGCAGCCCCCGGCUCGGCACGUCGGCCACACUCCAGCAUGGCCGCGUGCGUCAGCCCGUCGUCUGACCCGUGGCCGGGGAAAGCCGACCCUGAUGGCAUCCGGGAGCUUCGCUCCCAGCUGGCACAGUGCAAGCAGAACUUCAGGGACCUCAUGGAGAAGUUCCUCGUGUCGCGGAGCACCGCCUACUGCCUGGCCAACCAGCUGCAGAAACACAAGUGUGGACGGUACAAAGGGCUCAUCGAGUCUGUGCUGGGGGAAAAGCUGCAGCGCAAGCAGGGGAGGCCGGCAGAGAAGUCGAGGCUGGCUGAGAUGCUCAGGGAGAGCUGCCGCCUCCUGCAGCAUCAGGAUCAGGAGCUGGACCGGCUGAGGCAGCAGGUACAGGAGGGCAGGGACGUCUCCCGCGCCCUCCAGCAGCACCUGGAGGACCUGCUCGAUGACUAUGACCCUGACGACUACGAGGGCUUCAGGCGCAACCUGGCCAAGGGGCGCACGCUGGCAGCCAGCCUGGUCAGCACACUGAGCACAGAACAACGUGGAGGUCUCAAGCAAGAACAGGACCAAGAACCACGGACCCCCAGCCUGGAGCUGCGGGAGCUGGACAAGGAGGAAGGCCCGCGGGACGAAGGGCAGGCGUGCUCGUGGACCCCGCCAGAGGCCCUGGGGUCAACUGACGACCGCCAGCCCCGCAGCGACGACCAGCUCGCUGCUCCCGCCCCGGCUGCGGACGCGGCUCUGAGUGUGUGCGGCGUGGGGCCCUGCUCCGGAGGGGACGGCUGUCCCCCUGGCGUCCCAGACUCUCAGAGCCCUCAGGAGGAGGAGGGACACGCAGACGGGAUAUGUCCCAGGCCCAGCAGGGAGCUCACAGCACUGUUCGGGGAUGACGACCCGGGGGACGCCCUGGACGAGCGCUAUUUGGUUCCGUCCCUUCCUCCCGAUGAGCCUGGGAACGACUGUCCCCCCAGAAGCACCGCCACCUGCUCACGGGAGGACCUGGGAGUCCGCGCUGCUCUACAAGUCACCGAAAAUCACUUCGACCCUGAGACAGAGGGCGGGGGCCACCACCUGUGCCCCAGGGUUCACAAGAUCGGCCACCUCACGUGUGUUGCAGAGGAAGGCUGGACUCUGGAUGGAGACUAUGCCCCCUGGGAGGCCUUUAUCCAAGGCCCUGGGAAGAGACGCGUGAGUCUCCCAACGUCUGAGGUGCCUGCUCCAGGGGCACAGCCGGUGCCCUGCGGGUGGACAGCCAGAGACCCUUGGCUGCAAGUGGACAGGCAGCUCCACAGUGGCCACGGCCAAUGCCAACUCCAUCGUCCCGCCACCAUGUGGCACUUUGCAACCAACGGGGAUUCUGGAAAGUGCUGCCCACUCUCCCAAGGAGAGGAUUCCCUGUGCAGAUGCUCCAUGGCCCCGCGAGUGUUAGAUUGGCAGCUGCGCACGCGACGAGUCCUCAGUGUGCAUGUCUCACGGCGGCUCCGCAGGGGGGAUACAUGCACAGGCAGCUUCACAUUGCUCCAGUGUUCGCGGCCCCGGUUCUUUCUCACACAGGGUCAUCCAUUUCCAGGAUCCCCGAUCUCCGCCUUCUCUCGGCUCCCUCUGUCCCCGCGCCCGCCAGGCCUUUGUCGACUCUUCCUAGAAACUAUUUGAUUUUAUCAAUCAAUCCUGUAUUUUUGACUUUUAAAAAUCAAAAGGAACUUUCCAUGGUCAUGGACUCCUGGUGGAACUCAUCCUCUAGCGAUUCCUUGUGAUGAAACCAGGAGACAGGAUUCUCUCCUGUUGAAUACUCUCUUUCUGCCCUUUCAUCCAUGGAGAGCUUGGGUGAAUGUGAAUUACUUGUCCACCAUGGCUUUUACUUACUGAGUUUUUAAAAAAUUGUCCUGUGUUAAGUGACCUGUCCAGAUUUAGAAUGUAGUGAUUUCCUCUGUAUGUGAACUGGCUUUUUUCUUGGAGGGCGGGCGUGAGCGGAAGAGGCUCAAUGAGGCCUGGCCAUUCAACGAAGACAGGUCUGAGACUGGACUGCUCCAAUUCUAGUCCUCUGCUGCGUCUGUCCCCACUCAUAUUCUCUUAGUCACUUCUUGUUCCGUGAUGUUUUUUUCAUCAAGGAUACUUUUAACCAGUACGUUGUCCCCACGAACCUUGUCAUCCAGCCAAUUGGUCAUCCCAGGUCAACUGUGGUCUGCUAAUAUUCAUUGG